AUGGCGACGGAAGAAGAACCGACGGUCGACGUGAAGCUUUUCGUGGACAAGGAGAAGAACAAGGUCCUCUUCGCGGAGUCCGGCAAGGAGUUCGUCGACGUGCUCUUCGGCUUCCUCACGCUGCCUCUCGGCACCGUCGUUCGCCUCCUCGGCAAGCAGUCCCAGGUCGGAUGCCUCGACGAGAUCUACAAGAGCGUGGAGGAGCUCUCCAACGACUUCUUCAGAACCGAGGCCUGCAAGGCGAUGCUGCUUAGGCCCAUCAGCACUGCGGCGAAGCAAUGCUGCGACCUCAAGGUCAGAGUCGAAGACACCAAGCACAGGGAGGUCUAUGUUUGCGGCCACACGAGCUGCUGCGCGAAGGCCGACGGCUCGUUUAGCUCGGUCCCCGGCGCUGCCUGCAAAUGCGGAUGCUUGAAGUUUAUCGUGACUGAUGAUCUCCAAGUAGCACCAGCCUCAACUUCUCUCAUGUUGUCACUUUUUAAGAAGUUUGGGGUGGAGGAUCCCUCCCGUCUUGAGCAGAGGAUGAUCCAGCUCAGUUCAGUCGAGAUGACUAACUUGCUCAAGAGAUCAUUGACGUCGAAGCAGCCUUUAACUGGUCACUGUUUUGAUGUUGCCAUCUCAAAUGAUGUUUCAGCCCUAGAGAUGGUACUGGAGAGUUUACAUCCUAAGCAGGGAAAUGAUGCUGAGCAUGAGUUGGACAAUGUGAGGAUAAGAGUUCUUCGGACGAACAGCUCAUCGCUGCUCUAUGCUGAAGUUAAUGACGAUUUCGUCGAGCUCCUAUUUGGCUUCCUGACCGUACCACUGGGAUCCAUCAUUAAGACUUAUGGUUCAUGGCCAUCAAUUGGAUGCAUCGGUAAUCUGUACAGUAGCAUAGAUGGAAGUGCUAAAGGAUGCAUCAGAGAACCAUGCCAGUGCUUGCUACUAUCACCAAAGCUGGGAGGAAGUGACAAGGGUAAAGGGUAUGUCAAGCAAGGCCCUCAGAACUUCAUGGUGACUGAUAAUCUGCAUGUUCUUCCACUAUCCUUGGAGAACACUAUACAAGUUGUUUGUGAGGCCAAGAUUCAGUCAAAUGAUCUUGCGGAGAAAGAAUUCAGCCUCGCAAAAUCUCAGCUGACGGAGCUACUGAAAGCCGCCUUGGUGACUCCCAAAGCUCUCAGCUCGGUGCUUCUGCCUCCGAAGAACAAGAAGAAGCUACCUCACCUCAGCUCCGGCCUAUAUUAG